UGUGAUGGUUGCAGCUUUGCUAGGUGCAGAUGAAUACGGCAUGUCUACAGCACCUUUGAUCGUUCUUGGAUGUACAAUGAUGCGAAAAUGCCAUUUAAAUACAUGUCCAGUUGGAAUAGCUACUCAGGAUCCCGUUCUACGAGCAAAAUUUGAUGGAAAGCCAGAACAUGUCGUUAAUUAUAUGUUUAUGGUAGCCGAAGAUGUUCGUUAUUUUCUUUCGAAAUUGGUAUUGCGAGAAGUGAGUGAAUCUGUUGGAAGAGUUGAUUUACUUUAUGCGAAUCCACAUCCGAUGAACAACAAAGCAACCCUUCUAGAGUUUGCUCAAAUUUUGCAUAAAGUUUCCUUGCAAUUCCCGCAGAUCAAUAUAAAAGGUGGAUCGAUAAAACAGCUGCAUGAAUGUAAUGAUUUGGAAACUGAUAUAAUAGAAAAGGAACAAUUAAUUAAAUUCUUUGAUAACUCUUCAAAGGUUAAACAAAUCAAAGAAAGAAUAAUAGGAAAUACAAACCGCUGUUUUGGUGAUCGACUUACAUAUGAGAUUUCUAUUCGUUAUGGAGAAGAAAGGUUGCCUGAGGGGCAUUUAUUGGCACUUAAUCUGGAAGGAGCUGUUGGGCAAAGUUUUUGUGCUUUUUUGGCAAAAGGUGUCACUGUCAGAUUGGAGGGUUAUGUUGGGAAGUGCCUUUCUGGAGGUGAAAUAAUAAAUCGGCCAUACAAAAACCCUACGUAUGCUUCUGAAGAAACUACAAUAAAUGGAAAUGUGGCUCUCUAUGGCUCAACAUCCGGAACAGCAUUCUUUCGAGGAAUUGCUGGGGAACGUUUUGCAGUUUGUAAUUCUAAUGCUACUUCUGCCAUUGAGGGUGUGGGUGAGCAAGGUUGUGAAUGCAUGACUGGGGCACGUGUUAUUAUUGUUAAUGGAAUUGGGAAGAACUUUGCUGUUCCUUUGAGUGGUGGAUUGGCAUUUGUUCACAACAGCAGUCCAAACCAAAUCAAACCAUCGCAACAAAGAUUAACAACAAAUGGAAAGAAGACAUAUGAGGCAAAUAAUGGAAAUAAAAAACUGGAUAAAAUUAUGCCACGAACAAGCUCUAAUUCAACAAACCGCAAGCGCCCAACCAGUGAACAGAGUCCGGGACCUCCUCGACGUCAGCUUAGAAUUAUCACUUCACCAACACCUCCACCAGUAGAAACAUUACAACAACAAAUACAAGAUUCAGCAAAUACAACACUAAACACAAAUCCGGAAUCUCAGACUCAGGCAAGUGCACAGAUGUGGUCUUUGCAUCCAACACCACAAAAUCAAGGAAUGACUACAACAAUUGCAGCACCAAUGCCCUUAGCUGCAGCGCCAGCUCAGGUAUUUUAA